GGGAAGAGCUAUGGAAAUUUCUUCCACCUUCUUCACGAUGCAGAGGCUGUUCUUGGGGAUUUAUUCAUGGAGAUUUCUUGCCUUGGCUUCGAUGGAUUGAUAAUCUCUCUGGUAUGGCGGCGAAGCUGGAUAAGAUUUUUCAAGACAUGGAUGCUUUCUGUGAAGAAGUGAUUGAAGAGCACAUGAAGCCGAAUAGGCCGAAAUCUAUGGAAGGAGACAUCAUCGAUGUUAUGCUAAGGAUGAAAAGAGAUGGAUCGGCUUCGUUUGAUAUCACACUUGAUCACAUCAAAGCACUACUUGUGGGUAUAAUAAUCGGAGGCAGCGAUGGGACUGCAACUGCUUUAGAGUGGGCGCUAACGGCGUUGAUGAAGAAGCCUUCGUCGAUGAAGAAAGUGCAAGCGGAGAUAAGGCAGUUGGCCGGAAAGAAAGAGAUGAUCGAUGAAGAAGACAUAGAGAAACUCCCAUAUUUGAGGGCAGUUGUGAAGGAGACUUUGAGAUUGUUUCCACCUGGUCCACUUUUACUCCCAAGAGAGACUAUCAAGAAAUGUAGUAUAAAUGGUUAUGUGAUUGAAGGUGGAACAAUGGUGUAUAUCAAUGCUUGGGCUAUUGCAAGAGACCCCACCACGUGGGAAAAUGCAGAUGAGUUCUUGCCGGAGAGAUUCUUGGCGGCUGAGAUCGACGUGAGGGGUCAGAAUCCGAAGGUGAUUCCGUUUGGAUUUGGCCGGAGAGGGUGUCCUGGGAUUGGAAUGGGUAUGUCUGCAAUCGAACUUGCAUUGGCAAAUGUUUUGCACAAAUUUGAAUGGGAAUUGCCUCAUGGAAUGAAGGAGGAAGACAUUGAUUUCGAUUCCGAGCCUGGAUUUGGAUUGCAUAAGAAGAAUGCUCUUCGCCUUGUUGCCAAAGUUGUGAUGUAAAAAAUAAAAGAAUUUUAAUUACCAUAUUUAUGGUAUUCCGACUA